CAGACAGAGCGGAUCAAGAGCCCCUGGCCCCCAUGUGAACAGCAGGAGAUGCCGGUUCCCAGCAAAGGCAGAGAGGACACCGAGCCGGAGCGGAGCCCUCAGCCGGCCAAGGAGAUGGGAGAGGCGCCUGACAACCGGACCAGCACCGCUGGGGUCCUGGAUAAACUGUUCGGCAAAAGCUUCCUGCAGGCGGGACGCUACAUCAUGUCCCAUAAAUCCUGGAUGAAGACCGUUCCAACAGAGAAUUGCGAUGUACUGAUGACUUUCCCAGAUACCACCGAUGACCACACAUUGCUCUGGUUACUGAACCACAUCCGACUUGGGAUCCCUGAGCUGAUCAUUCAGAUUCGGCAUCAUAAACACACCAACGUUUAUGCAUUCUUCAUGACAGCAACAUAUCAGAAUUUACUUCGAGGCGCUGAGGAAACGGGAUUGAGGAAGCCAGUGAAGGAGGAGUUUGGGGGAGGAUCAAGGGCUUUUUCCUGUGAUGAGGAUUACAUCUAUGAAAACAUUGAGAAUGAAAUCUAUUUCUUCACUUCUCAGGAGCGGCAGAGUAUUAUCAGAUACUGGCUCGAGAACCUGCGAGCAAAGCAGGGGGAAAGUCUCCACAACAUUCACUUCCUGGAGGGACAGCCAAUCAUUGCAGAGCUCCUGACUCGGGGAAUUAUUCAGCAAGUCUUGCCAAUCCACGAGCAGCGCAUCCUUAACCGACUGGUGAAAUCAUGGGUUCAGGCCGUGUGUGAGUCACAGCCAGUAGACGAGAUCUGUGAAUAUUUUGGUGUUAAAAUCGCAAUGUAUUUCUCCUGGCUCGGAUACUACACGUGGUGCAUGAUAUACCCAGCUGUCCUUGGCUUUGGACUCUGGACAUUUACGGAGUCGGACCAGACCAGCCGUGAUGUGAUCUGUGUGGCUUUUGCCCUGUUUAAUGUUGUGUGGACCACCUUGUUUCUGGAAGGUUGGAAGCGCCAGAGUGCGGAGCUUGCCUACAGAUGGGGAACACUCGACCGGCCAGCAGAGCUUAUUGAGGAGCCCCGGACCCAGUUCAGGGGUGUCAAGCGUGUCAGUCCAGUUACAGGUUGCGAGGACUUCUAUUAUCCACCUUGGAAACGGAGGUUGUUCCAGUACUUUGUCAGUCUUCCCGUCUGUCUCUUCUGUCUCUGCGUGGUCUUCUUGACCAUGUUAAUCUGUUUUGAACUGCAGGAAUUUGUGUCAAGUAUCAAAGAAUUGCCACGGAUUGUCACCUAUUUUCCUAAAAUCUUUUUAGCUGUUGUGAUUACAAUUUUUGACGAUGUUUACAAGAAAAUUGCCUACUGGCUAAACGACAUGGAGAAUUACCGUUUACAGAGUGCCUACGAGAAACACCUCAUCAUUAAACUAGUUUUGUUUCAGUUUGUAAAUUCGUAUCUUAGUCUUUUCUACAUCGGAUUCUACCUCAAAGACAUGGAGCGCCUCAAAGAGAUGUUGGCUGCUCUGUUAAUAACCAGGCAGAUCAUCCUGAAUGUGAAGGAAGUUCUGCAGCCCCUGUUCUAUGAGAAAUACAAGCAGGGGCACCUCACUCUGCAGGUGACAGUCAGGAUGCUGAGCAACCUGUUCAGGUACACACCGCGCCAGGUCAGUGAGAGUGCACGGGCACCAGGAGAAGACAGUGCGGGACAAGCAGACGCCAACCGGGGAGACGGGCACCUGGAGCAGGAGCGCAAGUGUGAGAACGGGGCUUGUGGUGCUCCUGAGGAAGAGGAGCAGCAGAACGAGGAGGACGGAGACAAGGAUAGUGUCCUGGACUGUGGCCUUCGCCUCUCCAAGAAAGUGAGCUUUGCCGGGAGUGGGCAGAAGGGGGUGAAGGAAGAGAGGAACUGUGAGAUGGAGGGUCUAAUACAAGGUAUGCUAAUGGAGGAAGGCAGUCCAAUCCUGGUGGAGCGAGGGGCUGAGGGAGGACUGGUGUUUGAACUGUGUGAGCACGAUAUGAAGAUCGAGACUGAUGAUGGGGACGGUGGCGAGGAUGGGAAGGAGCUGAGCGUGAUGCUGAGACACAGGAGGAAGGAGAAGAACACAGAGCAAAGAGAGAACAGCGAGCCCCCCAGCAACAGACUCUCCUGGAUGGACCCGCCAGAUGAUUAUGAUGAUGCUCCUCUGACCCAGGGAGAAAUUGAGAGCUGUAUGCAAAAAUACGAGGACACUUUCCAGGAUUACCAGGAGAUGUUUAUCCAGUUUGGCUAUGUGGUGCUCUUCUCAUCUGCGUUUCCCCUCGCUGCCAUGUGCGCCCUCAUCAAUAACGUCAUUGAGAUCCGCAGUGAUGCCUUCAAAUUGUGCACUGGUUCCCAGAGGCCAUUUGGCCAGAGAGUGGACAGUAUUGGCCAGUGGCAGAAUGUGAUGGAGGCAAUGGGAGUGUUAGCCAUUAUCGUGAACUGCUAUCUGAUUGGCCAGUGUGGACAACUUCAGCGCCUUUUUCCCUCACUCAGUCCCGAGAUGGCCAUCAUCCUUGUAGUGGUCCUGGAGCACUUUGCGUUCCUGCUGAAGUACGUGCUGCAAAUCGCAAUCCCCGAUGUUCCUGCCUGGGUGGCUGAGGAAAUGGCGAAACUGGAAUAUCAACGGAGGGAGGCCUUUAAGAAACACGAGAGGCAGGCACAGCAACACUACCAGCAACAACAGAAGAGGAGGCAGCGAGAGGAAGAAGAGAAGCACCGACAGGAACACAAGGAGAACGUGCAGUCCCGGAAGGACAGGGAGGGGGGCAAGGAAGAGACCAAGACCAGCUCCUCAUCCUCGGAGCAGGCUCACAGUCGAGCUCACAGUAAAUCCAAGGCAGUUCCAUCCUGUCCGGCUGCAGAGAAACCCAAACGGCCCAGCUCCCUCCUGGCAUCCAACAAUGUGCUCAAGCUGAAGCAGAUCAUCCCGCUCCAGGGCAAGUUCCUGUCAGGCAGCGGAGCUGGCAACACCGUCCCUGGUAAGACCCCCCAGUCUCCCACCGGCAGUGAGAGCAAGCUGCCAGGCUUCCUGAGCUUCAAGUUCCUGAAGUCUCCAGCAGACGGCAAGAAGGAAGGAGCCGCAGAGAGGGAGAAGGUUCAAUCUCCCACCAAACCCUUCAAUCCUGGCAAGCUCUUCAACUUUGGCAAGUCUGACCCCGUGGGCUCCGGAGGCAAUGGGGCCAGUACCGUUACCACGAGCCAGCCCAAAACCGGGGCGGCUGUGUCCUCCUCUGAAGGCAGUGAGAAAGCUGCCAGCAAGUCCGACCUCAAUGGGCUCCCUGAGGCAGCCAACCCUGAGGAUCCCAGCAGCUCACACCCAUCUGAGGAGUCCAGCAGCCCCAAACAUUAACAUGACAAAGAGAUAGAAGCUAAACACGUGGACCGACACGUGUUCAUCGCAGGCAAAGUGAAAACUGGGUUGGAAACAACUGUUUACAAAAGUUUAAAAGUUUGACUCCUCUUGUCAUAACUUUGUGCAUCUAUUUUAAAAAAAAUUCAGGGAUGGAA